AUGGCAAACGAGAAGGAAUGGAUUGAAGCUUUUCAUCACAUCGAUAAAGAUAAAAAUGGAUAUCUAACUUGUAAUGAAAUUGAAGAAUUAUGGAAAAAGAAAGGUGUUGAUCCCAAAAUUGCUGAAUUGAGAAAGCUUCCUAAAAGUGAGAAAGUCGCGAUGGUCUGGAGAGAUGUUUUCCAACAUAUCGACAAAGAUAAAUCAGGAAAAGUAUCGAUCAAGGAAAUGGAAGAAUUCUGUAAGGCCCAAUGCAAUGAUCUAAAUAUGGAUGACUUGAAAAAAUGGAUGGCAGAAAAUGACAAAGAUAAAGAUGGAGAAAUAGACUAUAAAGAAUUCCUGCUAUUUGUACAUAAAACCUAUAAGAACCAUUAA